UUGAGACUGUCGGGAGUGAAGCAGGAAGUGAAGCCCAGCAUACGGGGAACUGCUGAAUUCUAAACUCGUCUAAAUUGUUUUUUCUUCUUCGGACCCAUGGGCGUUUAUGGAUAACAACAAGUGGCUUUCAAGUUUAACCGGUGAACAUCCACCAAAGUAAAAAUAUGAACGCUAGAGAACGUUUGCAGCGGUUUUUAGGGAGCUUUGGGAGUGCUGAGAAACGGAUUUAAUAAGGUGAAAUGCGAAUAACUUGAUCGACCUGAGAAGUGAACUGAAGUCAUCGCUUGAAAGAUUGCUCUGCAUGCAAUGCGAUCUGGAUUUCCACACAGCCAAGGAGGGGCGUAUUCUGCGUUCCAGUGCCGGAGUAAUGUUGGUGUUCUCCCAUCACCUCAGGACAUCAGUACUGCACCUGUACCAGUGGUUCAACCUGAAAAUGGAAUACAAAACAAUAUGGUAGCCACUCAAUAUCCUGGGGAGCUUAGAGUGGCUCACACUCCAGCUAAGUUGAAGCCAGGCUAUUCACAAUCACAACAAAAUUUCCAGGAACUCCACCACCAUCAGGAGUCACAGGCAAACAAAGUAAGCACUGGGUUGCAGCAUCCGUUACCCACAGAUAGUAAAUAUACUUCUUGGAACAGUCACCACCAAAUAAGCAGAGAAGAUAAUGCUGAAUUUCAUACAUCAGUACAUGUCUCUAAACAAUGCAGCAGUUACUCUGGGACAUUGGUGAAUGAGAACUCUGUAAGACAAUCUGUUUAUAAUGGUGGAAAACAAAGGGAAUGCCACAGGCAAAAUUUUAGUAGACAUUCCCUGAAAGGGUCAAAUUUGAACAAAAAUCCUGGACUACGGCAAAGACAUUUGAAUUCUGCUUCAUCACCCAGUACCAUUGCCACUGAAUCUUGUCCACUGCUGCCUGCCUUACAGAAAGGAAAUGAUUCAGAUUCCAAAUACUCUACCACAUCGUCGUCUUCAUCAGAGGAAACUAAUGCCAACAGUGAGGUCAUUACUAUUACAAAUCUUUCAGAUGGAAGACACUGCAAAGCUCAGCAAGUCAAGCAGCAGGUUAUGUUUCCUUUUCCAAGCAGUCAGUCAUCCACAGAAAAUGUCCAUCCUGUGAGAAAAACAAAACCGCCUACAGAUGACGAUAUACUGGACUUUGUUCAUAAAAGUAUUGCAGAAUAUCAGACUAUUUUAACUCAGAAAAACAUAAAGUACGAACAUUCCAAUAAGGACUCAGACAGGGUCUACUCACCACAGCCUGACAGCAUCAUGCCAAAGGUCAACAGUGUGGCCCAUCUCCCCACAACCUCCGCCCCUGACAAAGAAGAUGUGGAAUGGCAAAGUCUCAACUGUGCUGUGACUGAGCAGUAUACUGCUGCAGUUGGACAAGAACUUGAAGAGGACAGUUCAAAGGGCAGCAAAACAAAUGCUGAAUUUACAAACAGGGUUAAAGAGACAGGUGACUGUGCUACAUCUGCAUCAGAGAGGCAUUCAACAGGUAAACUAGUCUCUGCUGUAGAAAGCUCGAAAUGUGCUGCCAAAAUUGAACCUGUUGAGAGUGCAUCAGGUGAGGAAGCAUUCUCCAUGAACACUGUAAAAAAUCUGCUUUAUGAAGACAUACAGCCAGCCACAAAACCCCCAAACCCGGAACAUGUGGAAGUAAGCUUUCCAGCACGUUCUGAAAACCCAAUGUAUGAAGAUGUAAGUGAGGAUGAAAGUCAACAGAUGGAGGAUAUCGCUGGUGAGACGUUGUCACAUACACAAGCACCUGAACACAACGUUAAGCAGUCACUAUUUGAAAAUGACAGUUAUUAUUGUGCUACGUCUGCAUCAGAGAAAAAUUCAUCAGGUACACUAGCCUUUGCUGUAGAAAACUCAAAACAUGCUGCUGCUAUUAACCCUGUUGAGAGUGCAUCAGUAGAUUUUAAUUUGUCAGUAAAAAAGCACUUGGAUGUAAUUAUGCCUGCAAAUGGCAAUUGCAAACUUGUUUAUUCAGAUGACUGCGACUAUAAAGCACUUGUUGAUAGCAAUGAUAAAAGUUUCUAUAGUAAAUGGUGUUAUAAGUACUUAAAGAAUGGCAUGGCCACUCUUCAGUAUUCAUUAACUGCACUGAAGGAGCUCAUUGCUAGUCUGGAGAGUGUAGAGACCAUUGCAGAGAUGGAGAAUUUUUCUGAAGUUAUACUGCAACAAUUUUGGAAUGGAAAUAUAGAUAACAUUCAUCUUUUUACAUCCACAGAAUAUCAACAAAUAAUGAGGGAAGUUGCUUUCACCUGCACAAAGAAUGAAGAUGAGAGUCGAGUGGUUCUCACAUCCAUGCCUGGAAUGACCCUGGAUGAUCUGACUGAGAAGCAAACCAGUUUAACGCUCAACUGCAGCAUGUCACAAGAACAAAACAAUUCUCUUUGGUCAAAUUCCAAAGAUUUGGACACAAAAGUUGAAGUGCCUGAUGACAGAGAACGAUACAUGCCAGAGCGGCAGAGUGGAGCCCUAAAAUUAGUGGAGGCAGAAGGGUUGGACAGUGUGCAAAGAAGAGCAGGCUUGGGCUACUUCCCAAAGAUCCAGGUCAGCAAGGCCCGGGGCAAGGAGAGACAUCAGCUACUCCAGGAAGAGGUCCGGGCAGGCAUGGAGGAAGAGCAAGUGUGCAGGGCAGUGGGACUCUGGCAGCAGGGGAAGUGGACGGGGUGGGAGAGCACGUUGCAGUGUAAGGUCACCUGGUCUAACAUCAUGCAGGCAGACUUCCAUCGCAUCCGGUUCCUUGUGCAAGCAGUCUAUGAUGCUCUGCCAAGCCCAGCAAACCUCCAUGUCUGGGGGAAGAGUGAGACACCUUCCUACCUCCUUUGCGGCUCUAGAGGCUCCUUAGAACACCUCCUCAGCAACUGCCCAAAGGCCCUGGCGUAUGGCCGCUAUCUUUGGCGUCAUGACCAGGUGUUCAAAGCAGUUGCUGAGAGCGUAGCCUUAGCCAUCAGCACCAGCAAACACCAUCAUUCUCCCAAGAAGGCAAUCCUGUUCAUCAAAGACGGAGAGAAACCCUGA